AUGGGUUACGGUACCCAAGUGGCAUCUGGAAUUACAGUAAUAUGUGCUGCUUUUUUGAUUCCAAUGUUGACUUGUACUGUCUCUUUAUUCUAUGAAGUCGCUCAAAUGCAUAUGAAUGCAAUGGAUGGAAUGGAUGAGUUCAAGCUCUACGCGAACGGAGCCUGGGAAGACAUGCUCCCCUCCAUCCGUCUCCCUCGUGAAACCCCUCCUUCUGACCCCAAAAAAGAUCCCUGCGACUGUGACACGGGUCCAGCCAUCAACUGUCCCGUCGGUCCCCAUGGUCCCCGCGGUCGUCCCGGUCGAAAAGGAUCCGAUGGUCCACACGGACAACAAGGAAGAAAAGGACCAGAUGGAAUGGAUGUAUUCAAAGAAAUGAUUGGACCCGUCGAGUGUAUUCCAUGUGUUGCCGGAGAGCCUGGACCGCCCGGGGAGGACGGAGAAUCAGGGGAGAAAGGAGACGAUGGACAGCCAGGAAGUCCAGGGAAACCAGGAGAAGAUGGGGAGCCAGGUGUAGAUGGAGAACCUGGAUUCAUUGGAUUCCCCGGAUUCCCCGGACCGCCUGGAGAGGACGGAAAACAGGGAACAAAUGGGACACGUGGAGUGGGGAUACCUGGACCAGCUGGACCUCCAGGACCGCCCGGAGAAGUUGGAAUGCCUGGAGUGACUGGAGAAACUGGGGAAGAUGGACAAGAUGGGGCCGAAGGACCAGAAGGUCCACCAGGGAAUCCGGGGGAUAAGGCAGAGGAAGGACCGGAUGGAAUUCCAGGAGAGCAAGGGGUUCCUGGUUUUGAUUCGGGUUACUGCCCGUGUCCCCGUCGUUCAUCGUCCCGUGUCUCCCCAUCUGGCACUCCUCUAACCGACACAAUCGUUCCUUCCCCAACCAUCUUUCCUCUUCUCACUUCAACUACAAAUGCUCCAACUCUAUCCCCUUCAAUUUCAACUCUUCUACCAACUCGUUCACCCAAAUCUCGAGAGGAACCACCCCCACAGCCACAACAAGUUCCCCCGAAUCCAUCGUCAUCUGAAAAUCCAGAGACGGGCGAGUCGGCGAAUUCUCAGAAUUUUGGAGGCUAUCGGAAAGUGUGA